GACCCGGGCCUCGUGGUGCUGACAGCCUACCACUCCUUCCACUCGUCUCGCCCGCGCGCGCCCGCCCCGAGCCCGGGGACUGGAACGCAGCCGCGCCGCGCGCCCCAGGGCGCAGCCGGCCAGCCCGACGGCAGAAUCAUCACUUCACAUCAGUAAGCAGAGCGUUGGCCUAACUCUGCAGCCUAGCAGGGCUCAGAACAUCUGAAGUGAUCUGCAGACACUCUGGUCCACAACUGGGGAAAGCUGCCUUCACACACAACAGGGGUACUCUACACUGGGAGCUUUAAAAAAAACUCAGUUGUUCCAGGGGAGCUACUUAACUUCCACUCCUCUCUCUGCCGCCGUCUUAGAGCGAGCCCGGUUUCUCUUUUGUACCAAGAGAUAAAUUGGAAAAUGGAGUAUGUGCAACAAUAUUUGGAGAACAGUGUUAGUGGCCACAAACUCUCUCGGGAAAGGCUUCACAGAGAAAAUCCAUCCCUCGCUGCCGAAAAAUUAACAGGAUGCUCUCCAAUGAAUCCCUACAUCCUCCCGCCUUUAGCCGUUCCAGCUCACAAGCCUCUGUAGACAGUGCCUCCAUGGAGGAUUUCUGGCAUGGAAUAGAAGGUGUUAAAGAGGACAGCAUCGGAGGGCAGGAGGAGCACACACCUACGGAGGCCAGGCCACUGGAUGAAGGAGAACUUGAAGCAGAGUGGUUGCAAGAUGUGGGUCUAUCAACUCUGAUCUCAGGCGAUGAAGAGGAGGAUGGCAAAGCCUUGCUCUCUACAUUGACUCGAACCCAAGCAGCUGCAGUAAAAAAGAGAUAUACUACGUAUACUCAAACCCUAAGAAAAAAGAAUAAGCAGCCUGUCAGGGAUGUCAGAGACAUCUUUGGAGUCAAUGAAUUGCCUCCAGAUGAUUUUUGUUGUAACCCAACACUUCUUUUGGAUGACACCCUGGAUGAAGAAGGGAUAUCAGCAAUUCCCUGCAGAAAUGGUCAACUGCCAGGUGACACUGGUGACAACCAUACUGCUCAGUUGGAUGGCACCCGGGAAGAAAAAGAGCUACCACCAGUUACCAGAACCAGUGGUCCCGUGCCGGAUGAUGCUUCUCUCAGCAGUGCCUCUCUGUCGGAUGCAUCCCAGGAUGAAGAAGGGAGGUUUGCAGUUCUCAGAGGUGGCUCCAUGUCCAUACUUGAAGCUCUUCCAGAUAUUCCAGUUCAUUCUAAUGGAGCAGCAGACCCUGGAAAGAAGCCAGUUCAGAAUGCAAUGCAGGAUGAUUAUCUGGAGAAGAACAUUCCACCCGAGGCUGAAGAACUGUCUUUUGAAGUAUCUUAUUCAGAAAUGGUUACAGAGGCCCCCAAAAGAAAUAAAUUUAAGAAGUCAGAUAUUAAGAAAGAAGACUGUGCGUUAAUUAAAUUCAUUGUUCAGAAAACCAGAUUUGGCUUAACUGAAGCAGGAGAUCUGUCUGUUGAGGACAUGAAGAAAAUCCGCCAUCUCUCUCUGAUUGAAUUGACUGCCUUUUUUGAUGCCUUUGGAAUUCAGCUGAGAAGAAACAAAACAGAAAAAGUAAAGGGACGAGACAAUGGCAUUUUUGGUGUUCCACUUACAGUCCUGUUGGAGAAUGAUCGGAAGAAAGACCCUGGAGCAAAAGUUCCCCUUGUAUUGCAAAAAUUUUUUGAUAAAGUUGAAGAAUCCGGUCUGGAGUCUGAAGGGAUUUUCCGACUCUCAGGGUGUACUGCCAAAGUCAAGCAAUACCGUGAAGAACUGGAUGCCAAGUUUAAUGCCGACAAAUUUAAAUGGGACAAAAUGUGCCAUAGAGAAGCUGCAGUGAUGUUGAAAGCAUUUUUCCGAGAACUCCCCACUUCUCUUUUCCCUGUGGAAUAUAUACCUGCCUUCAUCAGUCUAAUGGAAAGAGGUCCUCACAUCAAAGUGCAGUUCCAAGCCUUACAUCUCAUGAUCAUGGCUCUGCCUGACGCCAACAGAGACACGGCCCAGGCCCUCAUGACAUUCUUCAAUAAGGUGAUCGCCAAUGAGUCCAAAAAUCGCAUGAACAUAUGGAACAUUUCUACUGUGAUGGCACCAAACCUUUUCUUCAGCAGAAGCAAACAUUCUGAUUAUGAAGAACUACUCUUGACGAACACCGCGGCCCACAUCAUCCGCCUCAUGCUCAAGUACCAGAAGAUUCUGUGGAAGGUUCCAUCUUUCCUAAUCACUCAAGUAAGAAGAAUGAAUGAAGCCAGUAUGUUGUUAAAGAAGCAGCUCCCAAGUGUCAAAAAGCUACUAAGGAGGAAAACCAUAGAACGAGAGACUAUAAGCCCCAAGGCUUCAAAGGCACUACAAAAAACACCCUCUUCAAGAAGAAUGUCUGAUGUGCCUAAAGGAGUCAUACGGGUCCACGCCCCGCUUCUCUCCAAGGUGUCCAUGGCCAUUCAACUUAAUAGUCAAACCAAAGUCAAGGACAUACUGGCGAAGUUUCAGUAUGAGAACAGUCAUGGUUCAUCAGAACGCAUUAAGGUCCAGAACCAAAGGUUAUAUGAAAUUGGAGGAAAUAUAGGGCAGCAUUGCUUGGAUCCAGAUGCUUAUAUUUUGGAUGUAUAUCAUGCAAACCCUCAAGCUGAGUGGGUGAUUAAGCCCCAACCAAGUUUUUGAAAUAACCCCAAAAAUGACUGCUAUCGUGUUAUCUGCUGUGAGGACCCUACAUUUGUUAGGGGCUGAAAAUGAUUGCUUUUGACGUGUUUUUGACAUCUUGACGUUUGUCGAACCAAAGUGGUGGCAUCUCCUGGCAUUGUCAACAGGAUCAGAAGCUUUCCCAUGCUGGUUCCCUAAAGUAAAGGAAAGAGGAUAAGAUCCUUCCAAAACAAAAGCCAAACUAGAAUUGGAACUUCCGUCAUUUCUAGUAUUUUUAUUUCACUGCGGAAAUGAACUUGGUGUCCUAUUCCUGGGGAUAAGGAACACUCUUUUUAGGUAACCAAUGCUACCAAAUACAACAGGUAAAAACAGACCCUUUUUAUCCUUAUGUUAUGUAGAUAUUUUGACCUUUUUGAGCAAGAAGCUAGAAAUAUCAAUAAUUUUGCUCACCAGAGUAGUCCAUAUCUCCUUUCCAAAGGAAAUCCAUUUCUAAGGUUAAACUUGCAAUGUUUAUGCCCUGGACCACUCCUGAAUUGGAGGUGAAAGAACUUCUGUUUAAACAAAACUGUAUCAUUUGGGUUGUGUUGCACUGUGUUACGACUCUCCAUAUCCUGAUGCAAAUGAACAUUUCUCUUUCAUUGACUAUUGAACCUUGAUAUGUUCAAAGUUUCUUCUCUUACAAGCACAGGUCCCUAAGGUGAGGUUCAUCAAAGUAUAUUCUUAUGCUGUCAUUAUCUUUUUUGCAGCCAACAGCCAACAGCCCUCUAUUUUCUUUUCAUUAUUAUGGUGCUCAGUGAUUAUUUUCCAAGUGCCAGCCACGGAUUUCCAUUUAUGAUCAAACAUCAUUUUCUAUAUUUCAUGACUGUAGGUAAUCACUUCUACAGCCACAAUUUUAAGAAUUCUUUUAAGGAGAGAAUGCUGGAAAAAUACAGGUUUUAUAUGAUGAAAGAGCAGAUUUUGUUCUGUUCGUUAAUCACAGAUGUGACCCAGCACUAUGGAUUAGUAUCAGGCUGUAAAAAAGAGAAGCAUAUUUGGUAAUGGAAAAUAUCUCACUGUCAAAAUCCUGAGGAGCCAUUUUCCAUGUAGUUGGCCAGAACGCACAGACCUCAAUUCUAAUCUAGUGCAAAUCUAAAAUGUGCUGGGGGAUUGGACAGUUCUACCCUUCAUUCUGAGACUGCAGACCAAGUCCUUCUAAGGCUAGCUAUAAAUGAAGACAGAAUUCCCAUUUUAUCCCAGGUGUGUACAUUGGAUUGGAAUACAAAGAUUGAUAUUCUGAUAGAUUUAGAUCAGUUUUAAAGAGCUUUAAGACCUAAAUGACACUCUCUCUUGCAAUUCAAACAGCAAACAAAAAAUUGCUCAUAAAUGCAGAAAAUGUUUUUUAUGUACACCAAAUAAUCCAUCAGGUGACAAUCAUUUAAAGCCAUAUAUUCAAGAAAUCUUUAACAUGCUGCAUUAUGCCUUGAUAUUUAUACAAAUAUUACUUAUAUUCAGUGUGUAGAUAAUUACAUUCCUGGCCAUUAGGAUUUUGUUAUGUUUUCAUAGAAAACUCAAAGAUCUGUUCAUUGGGUUUUAAUUAUGUGAGAAUUUUUAUUUCCUUUGCCUGAAAACCCAUUGGAAAGUGAACAUGCCUUCUGUAGGUUUUAUACUUAUUACUACAUUUCAUCAGUUUUCAAUAUAUGGCUGAUGAUGGCAUGUGAGUUUAAAUAAUGAAUUUGGAGAGUCUGAAAAAAUGUUUGUGUGUGUGUGUGUGGUUCAGACGACAGGCACAAAGGCAAAAAACGUUCUGUUUUAUAUAGUGUCUAAGAUUCAUGACAUAAUAUGGUAGUAAUUUAUGCUCAUACAUAGAAGAAAAUCUUCAAAUAGCUUCCUUACACUUCUAUGUAUAUACAGAAACAAUGACUGAGUCUUCUCAUUGUGUCUUUGCUCAUGCGAAUACCUAAAUUCUAUUGUGUUUAUAUAGAAAAUUCACAAAUAUAUUCUUUUUUUUAAAAUUUGGUAAUUUUUCUUUUGACUGGAAGCACAUUAGAACCCAUAAAUAAGUUCUAAAGGUUUUAAGAUUUACUCCAACUUGUCAUCAGUUUUAAAUAAAUGACCACUUGAUGACAUGUAAACUACAAUAUGUUUCUGAAUUUCUUAUUUCUUUGUGUUGUUAUAGAUGACAAAGACUCAGCUGAGUCAAUGACUUUAAAUUAAACACUUCAGUUUAUUCAAGGAUGUGUGCCAACUUUUAAAUAACUAUCUAAUUUGAGAGGCAACAUGUGGGUACCAGGAUCCUUAGAGCUAAAUUUUAUUCUUAGUCAUUGUGUUAACUAGCUGAUUAGAGAGGAGUUUUUAGUAGACAAACAGGCUAAUAUUUGCAUGGUUAAAGAGGUUAUUUGACUAAUUUUAUUCUCAAAGAAUAAACAAAUCCUGCAAUUAAAAUUUAAAAAUGCCUGUCACCUAUGUAUUAAAAGCACUAUCUUUACCUCAUCUAAAGUUGUUCUACAGAUAGUUCAUUAACUAAUCUGUAAAAAUGAAUAGCAUAUUUGCAAACAAAAGAAGGGUCAGAUACUGGGUUUCUGAAUUCUGUUCUUAAUAACUUCCCACCCAAGUAGUCUUAGAAUAUAGUUAGAAAAAAUAGUAUUACCCAGCAAAGUAUUAGAGGAAGUUAACAUUUUAGGAGCACUUUUUCAGAAAAAAAAAAUCUUGGGGUUGUUUUUUUUUUGUUUUUUUUCUUCCAUUCUGGGGGGAAAAAAAAUCGAUCCCAUUGUUAAGCAGCUCACCUAGGGAUAUCAUCUUUGGACUCAGUGAUCUUUGUACAAACUGGAAUGCUGAUUUCCUUAAAAUGUAUAUACAGUAAAAACUACCUCACUUGCCUUUCUUGGGAAAACUUCAUGGACUUUAACAAUUUUUGUUACAGACUGUGCCUGAGUCUUAUUAUGUGUCACUUCAUUUACCUUUCAGUGUACAUUAAAUGAUAUACAUUUAAUGAUGUAAAAUAGUUUUAGCCAAAGCUUUCAAACCAAAAUACUCUGUAACUGUGAUCUGUGAUGUACUCAGAGAGCAUUUGUGUCCCUUAAUCAUUGUCUUGUGUUUUUAACCAUGUUCAGCUACAGGUUUUCAAGUGCAGGAAUUAAUAGUCAUCUUUUCUUUCAGGCAUUUUUUUCAGUUGUUUUCUACACACUGCACUUGACAGAAAAGUGAUAUGAGAUAAAAAUGUCUUUUCGUUCGAGCAUAUUUCAACUGUUUUUCACAAAUGUACUACUUGGCUGAAAAGAAUAAUGGGAUUAAAUAGUUCCUAUAUUCUGGCAGGCAUUUUACAACUGUUUCCCAUAAAUCUGUCACAUAAAAAAAAAAACAUGACGUGGUAUUAAAAUGUUUCCUUCAUGCAUUUUAACAGUUUUUGUGCAUAUGCAUACACACACACAGUUUAAAAAUAACGUUCUCUCCUUGAGGCAUUUUCCAACUAUCUAAAAAUGGGUAAUUUGAUUGAAAAAUCAUAUAAUGUCGCCAGAUAAAGCCAAUGUUUAUUGUGUUUUUUUCCUGUGUCAAAAGUUGAUGUCAAUUCUUUUGUCCCUUAAGCUUCCAUUGUUUUCGUAGAAUGUGUAUGUUGCAUUUUAUCAAUAAAAAUAAAGAGGGAAAAAAGUCCCUAAAA